UAUUAGGAUUUGGUGACCAAUUGUGUCGAAUGCUGCUAUAAGGUCUAAUAAAAGUAAUAUUGAAAUGAGGUCUUUGUCUGAGACGGUGAAGUGGUCAUUCGUAAUUUUCACGAGUGCUGGUUUUGUACUGUGGUGCAUCCUAAAUCCUCACCGAAAGACCUCUGGUAGGUGUUUUUUUUUAAGUACAUGGUGUAACUGAUUGGAACUUACUUUCUCUAGGACCUUGGAGAAAAAUGGAAGGUUAGAUAUUGUUCUGUAGUUAGCUAAGACGUGGAUCAAGGUUAGGUUUUUUAAAAAGUGGUUUGAUUACAGCCACUUUGGAUAUUUGUGGUACGUAGCCUGUCACUAGCGGCAUAUUGAUUAUCUAAGAGCUGUGUUGACUAGUGGAAUAGUAUCUUUGAACAAGUGAGUAGGGAUGGUAUCUAACUUGAAAGUUGAGGAGUUUGAGGAGGAAAUUGUAGAGGCUAGCUCAGAAGAGUUGAUGGAGAUAAAAGUGUUGAAGUGUGUGUCAGUCAUUGGCAUUUCCUCCAUGGUCACCGUGUUGGAGGGAGUACAGCAUCGGUUGAUGGGGCGAGGUAGCGUUUCAACAAACGAGUAUGGGAAUUGUACCAUGGGGCAGAUUUCUUUGGUUUCCUCUUUUUUAUAUAUAUAUUUUUUAGUUUUAACAGGGCGACAGUUGAUUUUCUUGUAGUAGGGAGUUGUGGUGUAUACAAGCUCAUCAAUGUCUGUUUACUCGUAUUAGUAUUUAUGAGAUUAAUGAAGGCCAGUGAGUUGAGGAGGCUUCAACGGGCCACGGAUGACCUCGGUAACGAAGAUGGCAUCUACAUUCGAUACCGCACUGAUGGUAGCCUGUUCAACUUACGACGCCUACAGGCCCACACCAAGACCCUAGAGCAACUAAUUUGGUCAGUCUGAAAAGGACAGAGGUUCUCCAUCAGCCCGUCCCCCAGGAAGUGUAAUGUCCACCCCACAUUACAGUUGGUGAGACAAAACUGAAGGCAGUCCAACAGUUCACUACCUGGGAUGCAUCAUCUCCUCUGAUGCAAGAAUCGACAAAGAGGUGGACAACAGACUGGCAAAGGCAAGCAGUGCUUUCGGCAGACUCCAUAGUCGUGUCUGGAACAACAAACACCUGAAGAAAGCCACAAAGAUCAGCGUGUAAAGAGCCUUGGUACUAACCACCCUCCUUUACGGCUCCGAGCCAUGGGUCACUUACAGACACCACCUACGACUCCUGGAACGUUUCUACCAACGGUGUCUCCGUUGUAUCCUCAGCAUUCACUGGAGUGACUACAUCACAAACACUGAAGUACUUCAACUAGCGGGGAUCACCAGUAUCAAGGCCAUUCUUAUGGAAACACAGCAACGCUGGGCAGUGCACGUCUCCAGAUUGGAGGAUCACCGCUUACCCAAGAUCGUCUUCUAUGGUGAACUCUCCACUGGGCACCAUGACAGAGGAGGACCAAAGAAGAGAUUGACAACAAGCUCUGCCACUGAGCCACACACACGCACAUACACACAACCAUGAGUAUUGAGAUACCGGUGGGAUUGACAGAACUGCUGCAAGGCUACACUGUGGAGGUGCUGCGACAACGGCCGUCGGACCUGGUGGAUUUUGCCAUACAAUACUUUACCCGCUUGCGGGACACUAGGAGUCAAGAUGGGGCCAGUGAAGGCGGCAAGACGGGGAAAGGGGUGAUGUUUGAUGGGGAGCCGAUGCAGACGGAGUCCAAUGGAGAAGAUGAUGAAGAUGACGACUCUGACUUUGAGCCUCCACCGCCAAGCAGAUUCAACAGAAGAGUGUCAGUGUGUGCGGAGGCGUUCAACCCAGAUGAGGAUGAUGAGGACACAGAACCCAGAGUGGUUCACCCAAAAACAGAUGAACAGCGCUGUAGACUUCAGGAGGCUUGUCGGGACAUCCUGCUCUUCAAAACACUGGACCAGGAGCAGUUCUCUGAGGUGCUGGACGCAAUGUUUGAAUUACUGGUGCAGCCCCAAGAGCACGUGAUUGACCAGGGAGACGAUGGGGACAACUUCUAUGUCAUUGAGCGAGGCAUCUAUGACAUCGUGGUGUCAGGAACAUGUGUGGGUCAGUAUGACAAUAAGGGCAGCUUCGGAGAGCUGGCACUCAUGUACAACACACCUCGUGCUGCUACUAUCAUUGCCACCCAGGAGGGAGCUCUGUGGGGGCUGGAUCGUGCCACAUUCCGUAGACUCAUUGUGAAGAACAAUGCCAAGAAGAGGAGGAUGUACGAGUCCUUCAUUGAGUCUGUGCCCUUACUCAAAUCCCUGGAGGCAACAGAGAGGAUGAAAAUAGUGGAUGUAUUAGGGGCAAAGCAGUUCUCAGAUGGUGAACGCAUCAUCACACAGGGAGACAGUGCUGACUGCUUCUACAUCGUUGAAUCCGGAGAGGUGAAGAUCAUGAUGAAGAGUAAAACAAAGGCGGACCAUGCAGACAAUGCGGAGGUGGAGAUAGCACGCUGUAGCAGGGGUCAGUACUUCGGGGAGCUGGCCUUGGUCACUAACAAGCCUCGGGCCGCUUCAGCCUACGCAGUGGGCAAUGUGAAAUGUUUGGUAAUAGACGUGCAAGCGUUUGAGCGCCUCCUGGGCUCCUGUAAAGAGAUCAUGAAGAGGAACAUCGCCCACUAUGAAGAGCAGCUGGUGGCCCUGUUCGGCUCGAGCAUGGACCUGAGAGACUGAGCCUCCAACUCCACCUUCUGUGCCUUCAAUUACACACACACACACACACACACACACACACACACACACGACAUACAGGGGCAACUCAUCAUAAGCUUUAUGCAGAUCGUCCAAACAUCAUGAGAAAUUAUGUUUGUUCCACAUUUAAUUAUUUUCUUCUGCAUAUACACAGACAUGCCCACUUCAUGCACACACACACACACACUGUCAGCUUUAGGCCGUAAACCUUGUUUUUCCAUGCCAUCCUCAAGCUUUCAGUAUAAACUGCAUUGACAUGUAUACAAAUAUGCACACACACACACACACACACACACACACACACACACACACACACACACACACUCACUCACACUCCUAUAAUGGUGUUCUAUAAACA